AUGUGGUUGGUGGAGUACGAUGCGGACGAAGGCGACGAGAUACUUCCGAUGUGGGGUCAUGAGAGGACACGGUACCGUCGUGGACCUCGACUGUUACUGACCUUGCGAGCGGCAAAAGGAAUGAGUUUGCGUCGACGUCUGGCCUGGAUUCGAAUUCCAAGAAAAAAGAGAGACCGUGCAUAUCGGAGCUGCAGGUUCUAG